UUCGGAGUUGUUUGUAGCACGGUGAUGGACGCAGUACCGUGUUGUCGAGUUGUGAUAGGAAGACUGACAUCUUACUGAACACGCAGUCCGCCUGUGUCUGAGGACUGGUGUUAUUGGUGUUAUGCGGAGCUCGUGGCUGCUGCUCUAUGGAGAUAUUUGUUUUUAAAUGUUAGCGGAUUUGUGCUCAGACUGCGAGCCGAGGCUGCUAAACGGUGUUAUGUGUUGACUGAAGGAGAACAGUGCGUCACUGCUAGCUACAAGAUGGACACUGGAGAAGAAGCUGAUAUAUGUCGAGUGUGUCGCUCUGAGGGAACUCAGGACAAACCGCUCUACCAUCCGUGUGUCUGCACUGGAAGUAUUAAAUUCAUUCACCAAGAAUGCUUGGUGCAGUGGCUGAAACACAGCAGAAAAGAGUAUUGUGAAUUAUGCAAGCACAGAUUUGCUUUCACGCCAAUUUACUCUCCAGACAUGCCUUCACGGCUUCCGGUACAGGACAUUUUCGCAGGUCUGGUGACCAGUAUAGGCACAGCCAUCCGAUACUGGUUCCAUUAUACGCUGGUGGCCUUUGCCUGGCUGGGAGUUGUACCUUUAACAGCAUGUCGAAUCUAUAAGUGUUUGUUUACUGGCUCUGUAAGCUCCCUCCUGACACUGCCAUUAGAUAUGCUUUCCACGGAGAACCUGCUGGCGGACUGUCUGCAGGGUUGCUUCGUGGUGACCUGCACCCUGUGCGCCUUUAUAAGCCUGGUGUGGUUACGGGAGCAGAUUGUUCACGGUGGAGCUCCACUGUGGCUGGAGCAGAACCAACAGCAACCUGCCAACGUGGCAGGGCAGCCUAAUGAGGCUCCAGCUGCGGGUAACGGAGGUGUGGAGAAUCAGCCUGCGCCGGCCCCAGCUGAUCCCCCUGCGGAGAACGCGGAAGCGGCCGAGGCGCUCGACCCCCAGCCGGACCAAGCCGAGGAGCUGGAGCUGGACAACGAGGACGACGAGGAGGCGGGCGCCGAGGACGCAGCUGACGCCAAUAAUGGUGCACAAGAUGAUAUGAACUGGAAUGCUUUGGAAUGGGACCGUGCUGCUGAGGAGCUCACAUGGGAAAGGAUGCUCGGACUUGAUGGCUCUUUGGUUUUCCUGGAGCAUGUAUUCUGGGUGGUGUCUCUGAACACACUCUUCAUUUUGGUGUUUGCUUUUUGUCCAUACCAUAUUGGGCACUUUUCAGUGGUGGGACUUGGCUUUGAAGAUUACGUUCGUGCUUCUCACUUCGAGGGCCUCAUCACCACCAUCGUGGGUUAUGUCCUGUUGGCGGUAACUCUAAUUUUGUGCCAUGGAUUAGCCGCAUUGGUUAGAUUCCAGAGAUCGCGGAGAUUGUUGGGAGUCUGCUAUAUUGUGGUUAAGGUGUCGUUGCUGGUGGUUGUAGAGAUCGGUGUAUUCCCCCUCAUCUGUGGCUGGUGGCUGGAUAUCUGCUCCCUGGAAAUGUUUGACGCGUCCUUAAAGGACCGAGAGCUAAGUUUCGAGUCGGCUCCAGGCACCACCAUGUUCCUGCACUGGCUCGUAGGCAUGGUCUACGUCUUCUACUUUGCAUCCUUUAUCCUCCUUCUCCGAGAGGUUCUCAGGCCCGGAGUCCUGUGGUUCCUCAGAAACCUCAACGAUCCGGAUUUUAACCCGGUCCAAGAAAUGAUCCACCUUCCGAUAUACAGACAUCUGAGACGGUUCAUACUAUCAGUGGUCGUGUUUGGGUCGAUAGUCCUGUUGAUGCUCUGGUUACCCAUUCGGAUAAUUAAACACAUCUUGCCAGCGUUCCUUCCCUACAACGUGAUGCUCUACAGUGAUGCUCCAGUGAGUGAGCUGUCCCUAGAGCUCCUGUUACUGCAGGUGGUUUUGCCGGCUCUUUUGGAGCAGGGACACACACGGCAGUGGCUGAAGGGUUUGGUGAGAGCCUGGACAGUUACUGCUGGCUACCUACUAGACCUACACUCGUAUCUGCUGGGAGACCAGGAGGAGAAUGAGAACAACGCUAACCAGGCAGCCAACAACAACCAGCAACCACGAAACAAUGCUAAUGCCGUUCCUGUAGUGGGCGAAGGACUACAUGCUGCACACCAGGCCAUCCUGCAGCAGGGAGGCCCUGUGGGCUUCCAGCCCUACCACCGCCCUGUGAAGUUCCCCCUCAGGAUUGUGUUGCUGAUCCUGUUCAUGUGUGUGACGCUGCUCUUGGCCAGCUUGGUGUGUCUCACUUUGCCAGUGUUUGCUGGCCGCUGGCUCAUGUCGUUCUGGACAGGCACAGCUAAGAUCCACGAGCUGUACACAGCAGCGUGUGGCCUGUAUGUGUGCUGGCUGUCCAUCAGGGCCGUCACCGUGCUGCUAGCCUGGAUGCCUCAGGGCCGCAGGGUCAUCCUCCUCAAAGUCCAGGAGUGGACACUCAUGAUCAUGAAGACACUGAUCGUGGCGGUUCUGUUAGCUGGUGUGAUUCCGCUACUUCUGGGUUUGCUGUUUGAGUUAGUUAUCGUGGCUCCUCUCCGGGUCCCGCUCGACCAGACACCUCUGUUUUACCCCUGGCAGGAUUGGGCGCUGGGAGUGUUACAUGCCAAAAUAAUCGCUGCCAUCACCCUCAUGGGCCCUCAGUGGUGGCUGAAGACCGUCAUUGAGCAGGUGUAUGCCAAUGGAAUCCGCAACAUUGACCUACAUUUCAUCAUCCGGAAGCUGGCUGCUCCGGUCAUCGCUGUGCUGCUGCUGUCCCUCUGUGUGCCCUACGUCAUUGCUGUAGGCAUCGUCCCCAUAAUAGGGGUUACCCUGGAGAUGCAGAACCUGGUUCAGAGGAGAAUCUACCCCUUCCUGCUGAUGGUCGUGGUUCUGAUGGGAAUCCUCUCGUUCCAAAUCCGACAGUUCAAGCGCCUUUACGAACACAUCAAGAACGACAAGUAUCUCGUAGGACAGAGACUUGUGAACUAUGAACGUAAAGCUGGUAAACCCAGCACGACUACACACAGCAGCCCAGUGCAGGAAUAAAAGCUUCGGAAAACGUGAUCGUGUUUGACGAAGAGUGUGUAUGUGUUCCCUUCCUCAUCCGUUUCCUCUGUGCGUGUGCGUCUCCAUCAUUUCUCAUGUCCAAUCCAAGAUUCAUGAAGAACUCUGAGUGAGUCCUGGUGUCUCUGAUUUUGCCUGAAAUGUUUAUAAACCAACCAAAAAAAAAAAAAAAAAAAGAGAGAGAGCAAGAAAUCCUUCACACCAACCAACUUGGAUUUAAAAGUAUCACUGUACAUCUUUGAAACAACAACAACAACGAGUUAAUAUGUAUAUUAAUUUAUUAAAUCUCUUUACUUUGUGGAAUCCUGUUGCUUGGUCAGUACCGAUGCCAGCGUCGUGCUCUCCAGUCCUGAGGACGGGACGGUCGUCCAUGAGUCUGGGGCUGAGAGAACACACUCGGCAUGCGCGUCUUAGCAUUCAGCUGUAAUAUUAGAAGCCUUUUUAUUUAUUUGAUUUCUAAGAGGUAUGUUAGGGAGCUUGUUAAUUACAGGUUCUCGCCUGAGCUGAAGCUUUCAGUUCCUGAUUAUUGUAAUCUCUAACAACGUAGAGGACGUGGCUUGAGUGUGGAUUCGAGGCUCAGAUCUCAAACCAAGUUCUCAAACCAAGUCCAGCGCCUACCGGGACGGUGGCAUUCUUUUACGUGGAACAUUGGGGGACAGGCGGCGUUCGUUUUACCGAAGCAUGUCGUAUAUAUGAGCACGGAAACCGCACCACGGAGUCAGACAGUAGUGUUUACGGCUCACGGUGAGCUACGAAGCUUACGUCGGGCCUCGGUUUUCUGUCCGGUUCUGAAGCUCUUCAAUCCUUCCUGAUAACCCUGAUAAGAGACUGUGUCGUGCGCGUGCCGAUUGCCUCAGCGCCUAGAAUAGCAUGAGUUUCCUGUCAAUGUUAUAAAGUGUCGACUGUCGUGGGUCUCAUUCUUCACCACCUUACUGACUUUAAUGUACACGAAUGAUGCGCUUCAGAAAAUCUCGAAAUGUCUUAACAGCAAUAGGUUUUGGAGGUCUGUUCAGAUCAGUGAAUCAGUGUUCAUAUUAUUCCACCUCGGUCCAUCAAUCUGGUAUGUCUUCUUUUUUCUUCUUCUUCUUUUUCUUUUCUCCCCUCAAGAUCAGUAAAUGCAUUAUGAUGUGGGAAGACUGAUCCAGAUUAGUAGACCAAAAAUCAUUGUGUCCAUAUUCCAAAAAAGAGUUCCUAACAGUUUGUACAUAAUGUAAAUUUUUACAAUACUGACUGAUCACCUUUUGUAGCGAAGUCAUUUCUUCACGUCUGCCACAAACCCGCCCUCAGAUUGAACCGAACCCGGAAUACCGCAAGCUUCUUAAUAUUAUUUGGGCUCCUUUUAAAAGCGAAAUGUUUCUAUUUUUAUAACGCGCGUGUACCGACUUGGCGGGUUCUCGAUCACGUCGGUCUCGCCCGCUUUCCUGCGGAAGCGAGGCGGCGGCCGCGUGGAGCUGUGACGCUGUGUGGGAUGCAGACGGCAUGCUGGUACAGUACUAAAGACUCUCACACGUCAGGUCAGCGCAACCUUGUCCUAUCCGUAGCAUGUUCGUGUGAGACGUAUUCAGUAUUCUGAAUGUUUUCAAACCUCCUAGGAGGCUAUGGCUGUAAUUACAUCCUUAUACAGGCAGACGAGUACCUUUUUAUUUUAUUUUAUUUUUUUUUGGGUGUUUUGUUGGAAAAUUUUAUUACAAAUAUUAAAUCAAAAGUGUGAUACA